UCUGGUCUUCUCAGCGUUUACCAACCAAAUAAAUAGAGGGCCAAAGGUGGUAGAUGCAUGAACCUCUAACACCACCACAACUUCAACACAAUUAAACUCGUCUCUCUUUAUCUUUCUCUCUCUCUCUCUUCUGUUCAUUAACAAAAUCCAGAACUAUAUGAGACCUUGUUGUCACUUACCACCUUCUUAGAGGAGAAAAGUAAAACAUUCAGAAGUCGAUAUGGUGAGCUUACGAAGACGUAGGCUAUUGGGUCUUUGUUGUGGACCAAAUGGUUAUGUGACACCACUUCCAUUUUUAACUGCUGAGGAGAUGAUCACUGGGAUUCCAAAUCCUAAUGCCAGAGCAGCUUAUAAUCCCGGGCCAGCAGAAACGGUUACAACGGUUAUCGUGGAGAAAAAGGCUAUUGAAGAAAGAAGCCGAAGAACUCGGUCAAAACAUAUGCAUUUCAGACCAGCCGCCGAAACGAAGAAAGCAGCAUAGAAGAAAGCGAGUACAUAACCAAGAACCAUGUUUGAUGAGAGGAGUCUACUACAAAAACAUGAAAUGGCAAGCCGCCAUUAAAGUCGAGAAGAAACAAAUCCACUUAGGCACUUUCUCUUCUCAAGAAGAGGCUGCUCGCUUAUACGAUAGGGCUGCUUUCAUGUGUGGGAGGGAACCGAACUUUGAGCUCUCGGAAGAAGUUAUACGAGAACUCAAACAGCAAAGCUGGGAAGAGUUCUUGAAUUGCACACGCCGAACAAUUACGAACAAAAGUAAGGUUUUACUAACAACAAACUGUAGUGUAUUUUGUUUGAUAACCUUUUGCUGGACUCUUUGGAUAUGCAGAACCAAAGAGUAGGAUAGAACAUGAGGAUACGAAGAUCAAUGCCAGCAUGCCACAUCAACCAGAAGAAGAAGAGCAAGAUUCAGACAAAAUGUGAUAAGUUGUGCAAAAGAUACAACCAGACUCAUAUACAAAGAUAAUUAUUAUUCAUCAAGAAAAUAGUAACAUAUAUAAAGCAUAGUCGUAAAAAACAAAUAGCAUCACUCAUAGUAAGAGACAAAUUAGAGACUCGCCAUUAAGACCAAAUGGUUAUGUGACACCUUCUUGACACAAAAAAAAAAAAGGUUAUGUGACACCUUUUUAAUGGCUGAGGAGAUGGCCAGCAGAAACGGUUAAACUGGCUAUCGAGGAGGUACGGAAAAAUGUUUUGAGUUUUAAGAAUCUUUUAAGAAAUCCGUACCACACUUUUCCUAACAUAACUAGUUCAAUUUUUGAGAUCAAAUCACUUUUGUGUAUCAUGAUUUAAAACUCUGAAGUUCUCUAGAACACAUGGAUAAUUCUUUACAUCAUAUGGAACCAAAUUCAUAUAUGGACGCUUCACGUCCUCUACGGUUCUCAUGUGCUUGACCAUCUUUGUGAUAUAUUCGGUGCCCGAGCAAGCUACUUGGUUAGCCAAUGGUUCUUUUGAGUCAACUUUUUAUUAUUGUGACUCAUACUAUCUUCUCCUGACUUCUGCUCUUAAUUCUCUAUAGAAAAGUUCUCUGAUAGAUAACAAGUAAUUCAAACAAAUAGAUAUAGAACC